UUUACUGUGAUGAGUUAUGCCUAUAAUUUGAUCCAUCAUUAUGCGGAACUAUUGCGUUUUCUACUACAGGUUGUAUGGAAGAAUUUACAGAAUGGACUCGACCCAGCUUCCUGCUUGACUUACAUCUCCAGGAAAGAACAACAGUGCAGGUGGAGGGAUGAGCCUCUUCCCUGUGAUUGGCACAGAUGUGCCGGAAGCAGCCAAUGGGGUGGAUACACCAGGCUCCCCUGGAUCCGGUAAUGUGAAUGGCCCGUACACCCACGCCCCUAAUACCUCUGCACAGCUCCUGAAGUUUGGGGGUAGGGUGCCCUGUCCUGGGCAGGGAUCCCUUGAUGAGACUGAGAACUGUGUGGAUGGGGAGAGCGCAUGCGAUGGACAAGAAAACCCCAUAGACACUUCUCACAACUCCACAACCCAUUCAGACACACAGCAACACAGCGACAUGUUCCCAGCACAUCCCUCCCUCCCCCUUGCCACAUGCACAGCAGACACAGAGCCAGACCCACACGAGCCCCCCAAAGACAUGUCCCUCACUGGACCCUCCCAAACAAGUAUGCCCCUAAACGAGACUCUGUCUGGAGACUUGCAGCACACAGGCACUCCAUCCAAAGACACAGCCCCAGAGGGGGACACUCACAGUGCAGAUAAAAAGCAGUCUGAGACAAAGCCUUCUAGCUUCUGUGCUGCAGAAACAGAGGAGGAAAAGGAGGUGGAGGUGGAAGAGGAGUGUGAAAAGGAUGGCAAGGAGCAGCAUGCAGGAAACACACAGGCUGAAGUCUCAGCUGAGCUUACAGAGGAGCCUUCGGCAGCAGCUCCCAGCCCCAGCUCUGUCCCAGCCGAGGGGGGGGAGCCCUCAGCAGCAGCUCCCAGCCCCAGCUCUGUCCCAGCCGAGGGGGGGGAGCCCUCAGCAGCAGCUCCCAGCUCUGUCCCAGCCGAGGGGGGGGAGUCGUCAGGCAACAGCCCUUGUCCGCCCCACGUCAUGGCCCAGGUGCGCGUGCGGAACGUCCCAGAGCGGGAGCGCAUCGUCCGGGGCAUGCAGGACAGCAAGAGCCUGGACGAGAUCAGCCAGGCAUGCAUCGGAGGGGCCCGGGGUGGGGGUCGGGGGGGCCAGCCAGAGGGCCGCAGGGCCACCAUCUCCUCUGCCCUGGAGCUGGAGGGAACAGUCAGCCACGACGGGGACCUGACCCACUUCAUCUGCCGCAACCUGGAGCAGAAGAUCAAGAUGAGCUCAAAGCCCAGCCUGGACUGUGACUGCGACUCGGACUGCUCGGGUUCCAUCAGCAGUAGAGGUCGUGGGUCGUCGUCGCGGCGGCCGGUUGACAUCCCUCCCAUCGACCCUGCUGUCUUGGUGGACCUGCAGAGACACACAGAGGAAGUCGCUCACAGUGUGGAGCUAAUGAUGCGCAGCCUCAACGGAACCAUCCAGAACAUGACAGCGCUGAGUGUGGGCUACAUCCAGACCUAUAGAGACUCUGUGGACAGCCUGGGGGAGUCUGUGGACAUGAGCAUAAAGGGAAUGUACACACUGAUGGCGCGCUGUGAGGAGCUGGACCGCUCUAUGCAGCCCAUCCACACUCUGGCCGCCCAGAUCCGGGACAUCAAGCGCACCCUGGAUGCCCUUGAGGCCAUCUGCAAGUAGCCCCUCUCCCCCCCUGGAAACCCCUCCCCCAGAGAUCCUCUUCCACUGCAGACCCUUUUCUAACCUAACGACCCCCCUCCCUCCAUACCGCCCUCCUGGAAUCACUGCUACUAAUCAUGCUAGCUUCAUGGAUGAUCCGCUCCUCCCCCUCACCUCACCUCUCCCCAUGUAGACGUCAUGCUUCAAACCCCUCCCCCUGACAGAACUUGAAGGAAACGGAGCACUUGAUGCUUCUCUUAUUGCCGUCCGACCCACCUGGUUCAGAUUGUACUAACUGCUGCUGCCCACACGGGGGCACUCUCUCGUAUGGAGAGUGAGCUUCAGGAACAGAUGAGAUGGUUUAGAUGUUAGUCACUUCUUAGGUAGGUUGCUUAACCUAGUGAGACGAGACACAUGUGAGGGUGUGGGAGUACUUAUGUCGUAUAAAUGGCAGUCCCUCCAGAUGUCAUGUUACGUACCUGUUACCAACCGAAAGCCAUUCCCUGCGGAGCUCUCCGAUCCCGAGAUAAUAUGUUGCGCUUUAGGAGACUGUGGUACCUUCUGUGAUUUCACAGGUUGGCUGGUAGGUAGGUACUAAGUAGGUAGGCCUGUUCUUGAUAUCGAACAUAUCUAUUUUGCCUAAAUAGUGUUUGCCAUGGUGGGAGGUUGUGGACAGCCGUUACAUGUAGUGUGCCGUUACUGGCUUGUACCAUGAAGGACUUGAAUGCUACCAGAUGUCAUCAGAUCUGCCGAAGCCCCACCUAGACGAGAAGGCAGCAACCUCACACUGGAUAUACAGUGCCUUCGGAAAGUAUUCAGACCCCUUGACUUUUCCCACAUUUUGUUACGUUACAGCCUUAUUCUAGAAUUGAUAAAAUAUUUUUCUCCUCAUCAAUCUACACACAAUACCC